ACAAUAGCUCCACUUCAGUUCAGCUCCUCCAUUGACACUACUAGAGUUUUGUAGGGUUUAAGCCCAAAAUUUAACACAGAAAGAGCUUAGUCUCAAGAAAAUGGCGAACUCAGUGGGUGCACUUUCCAGAAGGCUAUGCCGCUCUCUACUCUCAACCACCCAUUUCCCUAAGCCCUCUCAUUACGCUUCCUCCAUGUCCAUGUACACCACCGAGUCCGACCACCCCGAACCCACUUCCGACUCGGACGAGUUAGACCUUGACUCAGUUCCACCUGAGCAAUCUUCUUCUCCAACCCAAGACUCCAAUCCUCAACAACAACAACAACAACAACAACAACAACGCACGGUCUUCGAUUGGCCUCUAGAGAAUGGACUCGAUGUGGGCAUUUACAAGGCGAUAUUGGUUGGGCAAGUGGGGCAGAAACCAUUGAAGAAGACACUGAAGAGUGGGAGGACAGUGACGAUGUUCUCUUUAGGGACAGGUGGGAUUCGAAACAAUCGUAGGCCAUUGGAUAACGAGGAUCCGAGGGAGUACGCGAAUCGCUGCGCGGUUCAGUGGCAUCGGGUUUCUGUCUAUCCCGAUCGCCUAGGUGGGAUUGUCAACAAGCAUGUUGUUCCUGGUUCAAUUCUAUAUUUGGAGGGCAAUCUGGAAACCAAAAUCUUCACUGAUCCAAUAACUGGUCUUGUUCGACGUAUAAGAGAGAUUGCCAUUCGUCGUAAUGGUCGCCUUGUAUUUUUAAGUAAAGGUGAUGAUGCACAGCAAGCAUCACAAUCAGAAUUGAGAGGUGUUGGCUAUUACUAGAAGUGUUGCUGAAGUGGGAGUGGCUGAAGGUUUAUUUGACAGAAACCAAUUUUCACAUUUGUAAUUAUGUCAUAGCCAAUAUGGAGGAGGAAAAUUUGAAGGAAACACUAGCGCAUGGUGGCCUUGUGUCUUUACCUAUUAUCACUUCUGUUUUGGAAGUCAGUAUAAGGUUGGGAAAGUAGUUUUAUAAUCUUCACUAUCUGUUCAUCCGUCAGAUAGGACAUUACUGAGCCUCCACUUGGAAUGGUCUUGUGAGAGAAGUUGACCUUUUUAUGUAAUUUUCAUUUUUCA